CCACAACUUCCUCACUUCCCUAAAUGGGCAACUGCACUUUGAGAAGGCCAGGUCCUUCCCUGGCAGACCUAAGUGGCACAUCCUGCAUUGGCCUGGGCCCUUAACCCUGGAUUCGAGGUGUCCCGCCCCCCUGCUGGCCUGUGACUGUCCCCAACUGGAUGGAGCCAUGGCUCCCACCUUCCUGCUGUUGCUGCUGGGGCUGCUGUGGUUCCAGCGCCCUGUCUCAGGUGUCCCUGCCGAGAACGUGUACACUAAAGUCCAGCACUUUGAAGGGGAGACUCUGUCUGUGCAGUGCUCCUACAAGAGCCGCAAAAACCACAUGGAGGGCAAGGUAUGGUGCAAAAUCAGGAGGAAGCGGUGUGAGCCUGGAUUCGCCCGGGGCUGGGUACAGGGGACGCGUUACCAGCUGCAGGACGAUCCCAAGGCCAAGGUGGUCAAGAUCACCAUGGCGGCCCUCAGGCGCCAGGACUCCGGCAGGUACUGGUGCAUGCGCAACAGCUCAGGAACCCUGUACCCCCUGACGGGUUUCCUACUGGAAGUGUCUCCAGCCUCCACAACCAGGAGAAGCACUCCUCUUAGACAGCUGGCCAAUAUCCUCAAGAGCAGAAUUGUUGUCACAUCGGGCCCAGCCCCCACCUCAGGCCCUGAUGCCCCUUUCACCACCAGCAUGACAGUUUUCACUCCUGGCCUCCUCACUUUGACCAGUCUCGUGCCCCCGACUGCCUCAGAGUCCAUCAGACUGACCUCCAUGACAGGCUUCAGCUUCACCAGCCCUGGCCCUUCUACCAUGGGGCCCAGGAAGGCCAUGGAAUCCCAGACAGUGACUGUGUCUCCAAGCGAUGCCAGAGCCUCCUCUGCUGCCCCAGCAUCCAUCUCCACCAGGGCUGGGCAUCUGCACACCAGAUCACCCACCACAGGAGUGUGCCACACCGGCGGGUCUCUCCUCAACAAAUUAUCCCCUGUCAGGCACCAGGAUUUGUAUUCCAUUGUGCUCCCGGGGUUGCUGAUCUUCCUCCCAGUGUCUCUGAUGUUGAUCGUGGUCUAUGGGCUCUGGAAGAAGAGACACAGGGGAAGCUACAGGGUGUGCAACAAUCCUGCUAGACCCUGGAGGGACUCACUUGGAAGACUGGAGCCUCCAUGGAAGCCUGCUUGGUCUGAGGCAACUUAACUAUGGAUUGCGUGAGGGAGGGGCCUUUGGAGGCCAGAGGAGGAUGAAGACGGGGGCCUGUUUGAACUGGAACCCAGCUGAGGGCCGAGGACUUGCUCAAGGCUGGACUCAGGCCUCUCCAGAACCAGAGGCUGCUCUUCGCCCACUCAGUCCUCUUGGGCUGCCGGGGGCCUGGGACAGCCCCCAGAUUGGGGUACCAGGCAGGAAACCCCAGGGGAAGCCACUGAGGGGAAUCAGCUCAGAGCUGCAGAGCCCUGAGUCCCCUCUGGGUGGUGGGGAAGACUUGACGGUGCUGUACACAGAGAGUUCUGGUUCUGUGGGCCUCGGAACCCCUUGCUAUGGAGCUGAGGGGAGCGGACAGGUGAACGGCUGCCCUCUCCCCAUCUGGAACCCUGUGUCCUCAGCUUUCC